AUGGUGGAGAAGAAUGGAGGAGGUUUCCUCCGCGGUGAGAUGUUCAAGGAGCCAGAAUCAGCUGCGCUAGGAGUGAUAGAGGGCUCUCUGAUGGGGGCUGAACAGAAGAUGGAGAGGAAGCAGAAACCACAGGCACAGCCUAGAGAACAACAGCAAAUGGGAAAAGGAGAAAAAGCACAAGAUAACAGACUCUUCCUCUUUAUUCCAGUGGCUGUGGGUGGCAGGCUGAACUUGGUGUUGUUUGGGAGGAGUGGAGCUGGGAAGACUUCUGCAGGAAACGCCAUCCUGGGACAGAGGGGGUCCAGUGUGGAUCCCAGCUCCUCUUCAGUGUGCGAGAGGAGAGAGGGAGAAGUGUGUGGUCGCCUGUUUAUCGUGGUGGAAAUGCCAGCUCUGUGUGAAUCACCGCUCUCUGCAUCCACUGUGUCUCGCCUCUGUGCCUCUCUCUGUGGCCCUGGAGUUCAUGCCUUCCUCCUGGUCUCACCAGCUGCUCCCCUCACUGGUGAAGACAAGGCAGAAGUAACUAGGAUUCAGGAGAUAUUUGGCUCAAGAGUGACUGAUUACAUGAUGGUCCUUUUUACCCAUGAAUAUCCAGAUGCUCCACCUGUUCGUGACUUUCUGCAGCAGAAUAAAGAUACUCAGGAGCUUCUAAAGAUGUGUGGCAACAGGUUCUGUGUUUUCAACAACCAGGACAUUGUGAAUAACCCAAUAGUUCCAAAGCUUCUGAAGGCUGUAGAGGAGAUUAAAGGAAGAACAGAAAGCUGCUUUUCCCUGGAUAUGUACUUGGAGGCACAGCUGGAGAAGGUCCGAGAGCUGGAGGCCAGGCACAAGACUGAGCUAGAGGAGAAGGACAGAAAGAUCAGAGAAUUAGAACAAAAUACUAAGGGCACAUCACUGGGUGGUGAGGGUAAAGAUCAGAGCUCUGACUUUGUGAGGAUAGUGCUCGUGGGGAAGACAGGAAGUGGAAAAAGUGCCACAGGAAACACCAUACUGGAAGGGGAUAACUUCCUGUCAAUGUCCAGUUCAAGAUCAGUGACAACCUGCUGUCAGAAAGGAGUAGGAGAAGUAGCUGGCAGGCGUGUUGCUGUAGUAGACACACCAGGUCUCUUUGACACAUCAUUUUCAAAUGAGGAGACCCAGCAGGAAAUAGUUAAAUGCAUCUCCUUGUUAGCCCCAGGACCUCAUGUGUUUCUCCUAGUUGUACAGAUUGGAAGAAUUACAAAUGAGGAGAAGGAAACAUUGCAGCUCAUUAAGAGUACCUUUGGUAAAAUGGCUGAAAUAUUCACCAUAGUCAUGUUCACAAAAGGGGAUGAUCUUGAUACACCCAUUGAAAAAUACAUUCAAGUAGGUGACCCUACAAUCAAAAAUCUGAUUCAAGACUGUGGAGACAGGUUUCAUGUCUUCAAUAAUAAAGACAAGAGCAAUCGUAUCCAAGUGGCUCAGCUGCUGGACAAGAUAGACAUGAUGGUGAAGAAGAAUGGAGGAGGCUGCUACACCAAUGAGAUGUUCCAGGAGGCAGAAAUCACCAUAAGGAAAGAGUGUGAAAGAAUACUGAGAGAGAAAGAGGAAGAGAUGCAGAGAGAGAAAGAGGUGCUGAUGUCAAAACAUGAAGAUGAGAUUAAAGAGAUGCAGAGUAGGAUGGAAGAGCAGAGACUUAAAGAAGAGGAAGAAAGAAACCGUCGGGAAAAAGAGCUGAAAGGAAAAGAAGACCAUUUAAGGAAAGAGCGUGAAGAGUGGAAGAAAAGAGAGCAGGAGGAAAAAGAAAGAAGAGAUGAGGAAGAAAAAAAGAAAAAGGAAAGACAAGAAUUAGAGUGGAAUAGAAAAACUGACGCCAUAGAGGAAGAAAAAAGGAAAAUGAAAGAGGAAUGGAAACAUAGGGAAGAGGAAGAGAAGAAGAGGUUAGAAAGAGAGGAGAAACAAAGACAAGAGCUGAUGGAGAAACAAAGAAGAGAAAAGGAAGAAUUUGAGGAAAAGCAAGCAGAAGAAAAAAAAGAGAGAGAUAGAGAGGGGCAGAAGAGGAAAAAACAUGAGGAGAGAGAAAGAAUGGAGUGGGAACAGAAAAUUAAAGAGGCAGAGAAACAGAAAAAAGAGAUACAGGAAGACAUGAAGAAAAAAGCUGAUGAAUGGGAACAGGAAAGAAAAAUGGAACGGCACAGAAAAGACAAGGAGGAGAAGAAAAGGAGACAGAAAGAAGAGCAAGAGAGAACAGCUUGGGAAGAGAAACAAAAAAACAUGAGGGAUGAGUUUGAAAAAGAAAGAGAACAAGAAAGACAAAAAAGAGAAAAGGAAAGGAAAGAUAAUGAGAAAAUGGAGAGGGAGCUUGAAGAAAAGAAAAGGCAGUUGAAAAAACAACAAGGGGAAUGGGACAAGGAAAGAGAAAUGGAGAGAGAAAAAAGAUAUAAAGAGGAUGAGCAGAGAAGAGAGGAGGAGAGAAAAAGGCUGGCAAGACUACAGGAGGAAUUUGAGAGGGAACGAGAAGAAGAGUACCGGAAGAGAAAGAAGGAAGAUCAGGCCAGGAGAGAAAAAGAAGAAAAAGAAGAUAAAGAAAUGGAGGAAAACUACAAAAAGAAAAUGGAAGAAAUGAAAAGGAAAUAUGAAGAAGAUGCUAGAAAACAAGCUGAGGAAUUGAAUGACUUUAAAGAGAAAUACAAAAGAGAGUUUAUGGCCUUAAGUUUAAAUCAUUAUAAUGAGCUAAUCAGGCUAAAAGAAGAGCAUCAGAAGCAGCAAGCUCUUGAAACUGAACUUUAUAAAUUUAAUGAGAAAUCCUUGAAAGAGAAAAUCAAGCAGUUGCAUGAGAAACAACAAAAAGAAAUUGAUGAGCUGAACGUAAAAUAUAAAAGAUCAUGUGUAAUACUGUAAUUCUGCAAGAGGCAUGCUU